ACAGCAGAGCAUCUCUUCUUCUUCUCUCGCAUCAGCAGCAUCACGGAGUAUCAUCGCUCCUUCUCCAUCACAGAGGCGUGGGAGGCGUCUGUCAAACCUGUGGAGCGUCUUUCUGUCUGUGUGUCUGUGUCUCUCUCUGUGUGUGUGUGUCUCCCUCUGUCUCCCUCUGUGUGUGUUUAGAGGACAUCACACACACACACACACACACCCUCUGUAGUAGUUUGGUGACAAUAAACCGGUUGUGCAGCUCCUCAGGGUGAGAAUCUCCGCUGUCAUCCCGGCGCACUCUCGGUCUGCGGGCUCAGAGGAAGUUGAAGCAAACAGGUGCGUGGUUCGUUCUUGUUCCUUCCAUUUCUCAUCAUUUCCUCAUUUUUACAUCUCUUCGUUCCACAGGAUCAGCGGCUGCCGGGUUUUAUUUCCCUCGUCGUGAUAGCCAUGGACGCGUUCAUGAAGGGUAUCUCCAAAGCCAGGGACGGGGUCGCGCUGGCGGCGGAGAAGACCAAGCAGGGAGUGUCCGGAGCGGCUGAGAAGACGAAAGACGGGGUCAUGUUCGUCGGUACCAAAACAAAGGAUGGCGUCACAACAGUCGCAGGUAAAACUGUGUCUGGGGUGUCUCAGGUGGGUGGAGCGAUGGUUACCGGGGUUACGGCUGUGGCUCAGAAAACUGUGGAGGGAGCAGGCAACAUUGUCGCUGCCACAGGAUUGGUCAAGAAGGACCCGGCCAAACAGAGUGAUGAGGCCUCAGCAGCACAGAACAUGGCAGAGUCACCGGUGGAUACCGACCCUGCUGACGCUACAGAGGAGGACUCUGAUGACUAAACUGACUGAGAGCUUCACAAUCAAAGAUCGAUAAUCAAUACAUUCCAUGUCGCUCUGCCAAGUCCCGUCGUGCCUCGUUUUGGUCCUUUAUGGAGUCUGUGCCCAAUGUCUGUGUGUGUGUGUUUUGUAACGUAUGUCUGUACAGCAGUAAAUGUGUAAGUGUUGUAGAGAAAGUGAGAUGUUGUGUGUGUGUGUGUGUGUGUGCCUUUUGCACAUCAGUCCUGAGACGGAGCUCGAGUGGGUGUCGUCUGUGACCAGCUGUCAUUAACAGUGAAUCCCUCCCACUGAGAAGGCCACCUGGUCAGUGUGUGUGUGUGUGUGUCUGUGUGUGUGCGUGUGAUUGUGUGUGUGUGUGUUUUCCGUCAACUGUGUGGUCAAUAACUCAAACAUGGAAAUAUACCACGACGUACCACUUCAAGCACCUAAGUGUCUCUAUAUGAAUCAAUGACUUGCAGUGAUGUGGUUGAGAUGAAAGCAUAAUGAUAUCCUCUAUUUUUGCCUGUCACUGUUUUUUGCGGUGGACUUUAAAGUGCUGAGCUAUUUGUGCAUUCGUAUCUUUUAGUUUAUUGCUGCUAUAACAAGUAUAUCUCAUACUGAAUGGACUUUUGAAAACCAAGAGCAUGUAAACUAUUGUUCCGCUUCAUCGCUGUGAUAUGAAUUUAUUUGGGUUUUAAAUGUGGAAUAAAAUACGUGGAAAGUG